AUGGGAUUGGGGCAUAACUUUUUGGAGGAGCAACCUCCUCUAUACCAUAUUGAACAAAGCCUUCACCAAUAUGCAUAUCCAAACCUAGGAUAUGGUGGAUUUCACUAUGACUAUACCCCUCCACCACUAUAUACCUAUGACCCCUACCCUCAACACAACCCUCAAUCACCAUAUUUUCAAACAUUGCACCACCACACCUAUACACCCCCUUACAUACCACCUCAAGAUACCUUCCAACAUGAAUCACCUCCCACAUAUACAACCUUUUUCCCAACUAAUGAACCUUCCCUCUUACCUAAUGGUGAAGCUUUCUCACCCUUGGCCCAAGACCAUCAAGACCUUCAAGCCUUUCUCCAAGAGCAAGAAGAAUUCCGAAGGACACAAGGGCAAUUUGUGGCAACCAUAGCCAAAGCGGUGAACCGUUUAGUCCUCCUACGCUCAUCCAAUCAAAAUACUUCUCUUGAAGAAUGUGAAGGAUCAACUAAAGAUUGGAGUGAAGAGGAGAAUAUGGAGCCUCAAGGGAAAGAAGAAGGGUUAGAGCUUGAAGUGCAACUAGAGGAAGAAAGGGAAGUAUGUGAACCAGAGGAGAGAAAGGAGGAAUUGAAAGAGGUUGAUCAAGAUGAGGAUUCCAUCAUUCAUGAUUUUUUGUCCUCCUUGAUCAAUCCCCUUGAUGAUCCUAAUGAGACUAUUCCCAUUGAGUUUGAGAGAGACAUGGAGGUAGACUUCUCACAACCUCCUUGUUAUGAUUUGAGUGAUGGGAAAGAGGAAGUUGGUAAGGAAGUAACUCCGUUCUAA